GUUAUUCUUUCCAUUUUGACCCUUGCGCUCUCUGGAUCCUGUUGUCUGUCUCUACCCCUCCCAAUCGAGAGAGGAACCUUGCCGAGCCGCUUUGCUGCGAUGAUACCGCCACCGUCUUCUCCGGCGGCCACCCCGGACCUCAACCUCGUCCCAUUUCCCAAGAUCGAGCCUAAACUAGAGCCCGCGGACGAUCUCCAUGCCGACGUAACCGCCCCGACGGGUCCCCUUGAGCCCUUCCUGCCGCCUCCCAGCCCCAUCUUUAGCCCUAGCCCGAGUCCGAGCCCCCGGAUCGACCCCGCUUCCGGCUAUGAUAACUCCUCGCUCUUCGCCGAGUAUCUCCGCCUUGCUCAUCUCUAUGCCUCCUCCUCCGCCAACCAUAACCCACUUUCUAUCAUCCCCGCCCCGCCAGAUCCGUCGGCCAGUUCCCCCGCUGUCGUCUCCGCCCGGAAGAAGCGUAAGCCUCGGUCGGGAGAGAUGGUUCGAGCCUCCUCUAUGAACGUCCCCGACCUACUCCACUUCCGUGACAUCGUCCGCCGAACCCGGAUCACGUUUGAUUCUCUGCGCGUGUUUUUCCUCCAGGAGGAGGAGAAAGGGGAGGCCUUUGAGGCGAUCUGGGGCAAGAGGACCCGCCCCGACCUCAAGGCCUCGACUAUCAUGGCCGAUCAUGAUCUCUGGCUCAACCGUGACAGGAGGAUCAUCGGUUCCAUCCCUGGCAUCGGGGUCGGUGAAAUCUUCUUCUUCCGCAUGGAGCUUUGCGUCCUUGGCUUGCAUGGGCAGAGCCAGGCAGGGAUCGACUACGUUCCAGCUAGUCGAAGUGCCACCGGCGAGCCCAUUGCCACAAGCAUUAUUGUUUCAGGCGGCUACGAGGAUGACGAGGAUAGUGGGCUCAUGCUUGUCUACACUGGUCAUGGUGGCCGCGGUCCCAACAUGUUCAAGCAUAGCAUGGAUCAGAAGCUGGAAGGGGGAAAUCUAGCUCUGGAACGGAGUAUGAAUUAUGGCAUCGAAAUUCGUGUGAUCCGUGGGAUAAGGUCUCGUCACAGCCCUGGAGGAAAGAUUUAUGUCUACGAUGGCCUUUACAAGAUCGUCAAAUGCUGGAUGGAUGUAGGCAAGUCAGGGUUUGGCAUUUACAAGUACAAGCUGUUGAGAAUUGAAGGCCAGGAGGAGAUGGGUAGUGAUAUUCUUAAGUUUGCAGAAGAGUUGAAGGUGAAUCCGUUGAGUGCAAAGCCAACUGGUUACGUGAGUCUUGAUAUCUCAACAGGCACGGAGAACUUCCCUGUUUCAUUGUUUAAUGACAUUGACGAUGAUCGAGAACCAUCACUCUUUGAGUAUCUAUGCCGACCAAUUUUCCCAGCUGAAGCUUUUCAAGGUAAGGCAAAUGCUGAUGGAGGCAGUGGGUGUGCAUGCGUUUCAAAUUGCACAGUAGGUUGUUUCUGUGUGAUGAAAAAUGGCGGGCAAUUUCCAUAUGAUUCAAAUGGGUUUCUUGUGAGAGGGAAGCCAUUGAUAUAUGAGUGUGGCCCCUCAUGCAGUUGUCCGCCAAGUUGUCCCAACCGAGUGAGCCAAAAAGGGGUGAAGCAUCGGUUGGAAGUGUUUCGUUCAAAUGAGACAGGAUGGGGAGUGAGAUCACUGGAUCUUAUUCGAGCAGGGUCAUUCAUUUGUGAGUUCAGUGGCAUUGUACUCACUAGCCAACAAACUGAGAUUCUUGCCUCCAAAGGCCAUUGUUUGGUACACCCUGGCCAGUUUCCAGGAAGAUGGAUUGAAUGGGGCGACAUAUCUGAUGUCAAUCCAGAAUAUGUUCCACCUAACUAUCCUAUCGUGCCAAGCUUAGACUUCUCAAUUGAUGUUUCAAGAUCAAGGAAUGUCGCAUGUUAUCUGAGUCAUAGUUGCAGACCAAAUGUGUUUGCACAAUUUGUACUAUUCGAUCAUAAUAAUUUGUCAUAUCCUCAUGUUAUGAUCUUUGCAAUGGAGAACAUACCUCCACUGAGAGAACUGAGCAUUGAUUAUGGGGUGGUAGAUGAACCCGUGGAGAAACUAACAAUGUAGCCAAUUACACUGUCGGAAGUGAUAGAUUUUGAAGUCAUUAUGCUUGUUUUGAUAUCGUGCAACCAACUGGUGUGGGAGUCCAAUGGUUCUAUGGCCAAGUGAUGGAUUCAAGAAACCUCCAAAAGAUGUGUUCUCAUAGGGAGCUGAUGUCUGUUUCUUUAUCACUUCCACUCGUGUUUGUUCUGCGGAAGCAAUUUGUGAAGCUUCUGAAGGUGCACGUCACUAAUGCUGACAGAAUUAAGACGCAGUUUUUGUACAACUGAAAGACUUCGGCUUGAAACUUUUUCCAGCAACUAAGCAUUAGUUGUAUUUGAGUGCAAUGUAUAUUUUUUGUACAGCAAAUGAUACUUUGUUAUGGAAAAUGUAAGCCCGUAUUCAAUUUGUAUAAGAUCAUGUGUUUGGAGAAGUUGUCUAAAGCCCAACUGAGGAAAUUUUAUUGGAGCAAAACUGAAGGCAGAAGUAGCAUGCAAUAAA